AUGGUCAAGGUCAGAAAUAGCCCACAGCCGGUGUCAGUGAAUACUGGAGAUAAUUUGAAGAUUUUGAUGACAAAAAAUUAUGUGAGACCAACGAAACAGUCAAUUUUCCUGCCAUAUUUUGAAGAACUUGAAGCAGAAGCUGACAAAAAAUUCGACAACAUUAUCAAUGGCAUGAUGGCUGGUUUUUUAACCGAUAAUUUAAUUGAAACUGGAAGGUUCACAAAAAUGUUUCAAUUUCACAUUCAACAGUUUGGACUUCGAAUGUCUAAAGAAAUGUUGUUGAACCUUGUUCGUUUCUUUUAUGAAGUAUUAAUCAAAGAACACCAACACACUGAUCUAAUAAUGGUUGCUUGUGAGGCAUUUAAAAAUAUGAUGGAUCUAGUGAAACCACGAAGGUUUGGAUGGAGGGAUCAUACAUUGGAUUGGCGUCCACUUAGACAACUCCAUUAUCAAGUAUUUCUCAAAAAAAUGACGCCAGAUUUAGAAGAUGAUUGUAAACAUCCCUUGUUUUAUUUUGCUCGGUUUUAUGAUCCAUCAGAGCAUCAGGCAAUAUGGGAAACAAUUCUUCAGGAAAUUCCAAUUGGAAAUCAAGAUCAAACUGAAUUGUUAAUUGACAUUUGUUGGAGGUUUCUUUCAGUAUAUGGAAUGACUGAGGAAGAUAUGAAACACAAUGCGGUAAACACGUGGAUUAAGGAACUGUGGGAAAUGUAUCUUAAAGCUGAAAUGAAUACAUCAUGGACUGCUCAUUGUCUUGAUCAUAUUGUGGAAAUAUGCACAAUCGCACCAGGAGCAUUCGAUUUGAGUUCGUACUACGAUGUGCUGUUCACGAAAAUGAUACGUGGAUUUGAUUUGACUGUACGGGAAGGAAAAUUAGAGAUCGGUAAUGGAGAAGAGAAGAUCUCGUCUUUUUAUUUGGCAGAUAUAUGUGCAUACACAAUCGGAGGUCCUAACUCUUCACUUUCUCAUUUUCAACGUUUAAUACAAUACAUUUCAUUUCACGUUCAUCCACCAAAUAUUGGUGAGCACACGGAUCAAAUUAGCAUGUUUCUGGAGCAAUUCAUGGAAUCUUUCAAAGAACGAUUGAAUAAGGAACGAUUGAAUUGGGAGAAAAGAAAAUGUUCGAAGGAUUAUUAUUUGAAGGAUUCUGAUAUUGAUGCGGUUGUUGAGUCAAUUUCAGAUCUUGCUAUCAUGCUCAUGUUUAAUGAAGACAUUGAUUAUAAGCUGAUCAAACUUCUAACAACUGUUAAUCGCGAAUACGUGGCUCCAAAGUUACUCAAUCAUCUUUAUUCCUCCCUCACCGCAGUUAGUGAACCUCAUCGAUUGACAACUCUUAUUGAAGCAUUCACUUUUUUUGUUUAUGAGAUUAUUCGUACACCAGAUGCAGAGUACCGUACUCCACGUAAUAUAGUCUAUGACUCAAAAUGGUUGAUUUAUAUGGAAGAAGAGCGAAAAUCAUGGCCAACUUUUCAUCUUGGUAGCGAAGUUCCGAUGGUUAAAACCCAUAAAUUCGCAAGUCUCCGUGCUCAUGCAUUUUACAUUUUGGAGAUUUUUGUGAAUCAGAUCAAUGUAAAUGAUGUGGAUCGAACAAAAUUUGUGCUCAAGACUUUGGAAAUCUUGUUCUCAUCUUUUCCAUUAAUGGAUUUCUCAGCAGCUAUUAAAUUUCAUGAAGAAAAAAUGUCGAAUGACGAUCGAUUGAUAUGCCUUCUAUCAAAACGUGUACCAUCUCUUGUUGAGCAUACUCUUGAGAAGCUUCUCGAAGUGAUCACUUGCUUGUCAGUCGAAGCACCCAACACUUCCGAUUCAACUGGCGGAGUUAGUUUAUCAUUGGAAUAUCAGAAGCAUGGGGAGGAUGAAACGAUUUUUAAAAACGGAUUCUCCAGGUUGAUUAGUGUUAUUUUUGAUCGAGUUAAUGAUACGAUGAGAAAGCGCCUAUUCGACCGUCUUUUUGAUUAUAUUUCUACAUCUGAAUUCACAAACUAUUUGGCAACCGACAUUCUUUCUUCUUUGAUAUUCAAUGCCGUGCGGACAAGUGGAGACGCAUUCCGUCACUAUGCGGAAUUCAUUCUGAAAAAGUUGAAACUUCUUAUAACAGAUGAAGUGCGAACAUCGAAAACUCCUCCUGUGUCCGUAUUGUUUUAUUGUGCACUAUCCGGACCGUGCUUUGCUGCGAAUAGAACAAUUGUUCUGGACAAUGAACACAUUUUCUUUGAGAUUAUUGAAAUUUUUCUCAAUUGUGCGAAUAAGACCAUUUUUAAGUGUGGAACUAUUGGAGUAUCAACUUUACUGCACAACUUGCUGAAUAUCACUACGAAUUUCCCAGUUAAAACCGAACAUAAUCAGUUUUCGGAACCAUUUUCCGAGUGGAAUCCAAUUGAGUUUUGGGCGAAAUGUGUUCAUUACAAAGACACUGUUGUGCAUUGGUCAAUACCAGCAAAAGCUGACAUUUCGUGUGUUGAACGAAUCGCCAACAAAUUUUUCUUUCCGUACAUUCAGAAGCUGAUGACCGAAGUUCAAGACAGAGACUCUUUUCGUCGUAUCACUGAACAUCUGCACUACGUUGUGUUCAAUUUGCCAACUCUAAAAUAUCCAACAAAUGUUCAAUGGUUGAGAAAUUCUUCUACACCGUUUUGCCUUCCAAUUGCGUCUUCAUCUCUUGGAGCCUCAUGUGUUCUUGAAUAUGAACUCAAAGGGCCAAAUGGAGAGAAUGUCUGUGAGAUGGUUGUUUCAAUGAUUGAGCAUGUUAUCACUAAAACUCAAGACCCUACGUCCCUAAUCAAUAUAUGCUCGAUUGCAAAAACCUGCUUGAGAGUUUUUGAAAAACCGAAAGAUGAUAUUACAUCAUUGCUGGAUCCAACCUCAGCUCUUCUUGUCGAUUCUAUAUAUUUAAAUAUUGUCAAAGCAUCUCAACAUACGAUAGAUCACAUCGCAUUCAUAAAACAUAUCCAAACUCAAUUAUACCAUCGGUGUGAGAUCCGUGACGCAACUGAUUUCGAUGAGCGUAUAUUGAAAUGUCUUCUAGAACUUUCAGUAAAUGACUAUUUCACAGUUCAAAAAAGAGCAUCAGGAUAUUUGAAAACAAUAUCGCAAAAUAUACGAUGUCGUCACUUACUCAUUCCAAGAGUUGUGGAAAUUCUAACGGACGCAAAGCUUGUUAAUAAGAAUCGGCUGGCUGGAGCAAUGGAUCUGACUCUGAAACUUAAAUGGAUAAAACUUGUAACCCCCAGGAUCCGAUUAAUUAUAUGGGAUGCAGUACUUCGAAUAAAAGUUAUGGAUAAUGUUGAGAUCCGUGGUCGUUUUGAAGCGAUUCGAAAGGAACUGAAGAACUUCUGGAGGGAACCCAUUUAUCGGUUGGCCACCAGAGAAACCCAUGACGAGAGAAACAAGAAAGUCGCGGUAGUUGCACUUCUUUUGAUCAAACCAUCAUCUGAUUGGACACCUUUUCUCACUGAAGAAGCUCUUAAAAUACAAACUGAUACAUGGUUUGAUUAUGAAAAAUUAUCUCAUACUCUCCGCUUGAAACUUGUGGAUAACCUAUUCAAGAAUCACAUUCAAAAUAAAAAUCAUCACCAUACUCGCGGGAAAUUGGCACGAUCUAUGAUAUAUGCUGCUCAAAUGGAGGCUUGUGAUAGUAAAACGAUUAGGCUUCUACUUGAACAGUUGUUUGAUGAGCACUAUACUUCGAGAAAUGAAGCGAGAGAAACAUUGGCACAUUGGCUAAAGGAGAAUAAACAAAAAACUGUGAGAGAAAAGAUUAAGCCACCCAAACGAGUGGAUCAUGGUGUGAAACUAGAGCGCGGAAUUCGAGAAGACAAUCUGUGGUUGGUGUAUGAUUCGGAAAACUUACCAAAUACAGAGCAAAAGUGGAAUGAAAUAGUUUUUGUGGAAAAAGAGAAAGGUGCAUGUAGAUGGCCAGAGUCAAUUAGUGUUGUUCGAAAGAGAUCCCAUGGUCAGCCUCUCGAACCAAAAAAUCCAUCGGAAUCUGAUAAAAUGAUUAUUGGUCGUUUUUCUCAAUCUAAAUUCAUUUCGAAACUAUUCAAUUUCCGUCUUAUCGAGAAAGAAGAUUAUGAAAACCCGAACGAUAAAUUCUACCGAAUUUUGAAGUAUGUGAUUCGAAAUUAUCCGGAUACCAAGAUUCCAUUGAAAUUAAUGAGCGAACACUUGAAAUUGUUGAUGAAAAGUAAGAAGAAAAAUGAGCAACUACUUGCUGCAGAGAUCUUUAUUGGAAUUGUACUUGGCAUCAAGCAUCGUUCAUUUUUUGAGCUAGAUGAAUUUUGGAAUGAUAUCAACACAUGUUUAAAUCAAUUUUUAGACAUUUUGACGAUAGAAGCCGAAGAAGCAUGGAGCAUUGCAAUGGAAACGAUUCUUGACCCGACUUCUGAUCUUCGAAGAGUUUGGUGGCUCAUUGAAGGGAUGAUUGACGGUGCACGCAUGGCAACAUUAGCUAAUGAAUUUCAGUUGGCAUUCCGCAUCACUAGUAUUCAAUCAAAUUGUUGGCGCUAUGGACAGAUUUCAAAACGAGCCAGCGAUAUCGCCUGGACUAAACUCCAAUUGGCACUUACAGAUUCUUUGAGAAACGCCAUUUCAGAAGUGUUUUACUCAUGUAGUGAGGCCCGUGAAGCAAGUUCAAAUGCAACGUUAAUAAAUAUUCCAUCGAGAUUCAUUCCAGAUUCAUUGGAUACUAUUAUUCAUAAGAUUAUUGAUAAGAUUCCUGAUCUCAAGUUUAUGGAGGAUCAGAAGAUAAUAAGAGCUUCACUGUCUCAUUUAGAUCUCAACCCGCCAACCGGAAAAAUGAGUCGUAGAAGAAGUUCAGCAAUUGAUUUAGAGGAUAUAAAAGUAAGUGGAAUGGAUACAAUUUAUACACGGAUGCAUAAUAAUUUCCAGUCAAUGACAUAUUUCCGUGUCCUUCUUCAAACGAUUACUCAACAUUAUGGUUCUUCAACUAAAAGUUGGUCACCAAUUCUUGUUAAGUUACUUCCAAAACUAAUGGAAUAUGCCAAUGAAGAUGACUAUGAUCUGUCAGAAGAAACAUAUCGUGACGUGGAUAUUACUCAGAACUCUGCCCUGAUUAUUCAUGACUACAUGUCAGUUUCUUGGAUUAGUCAUAUGUUUUUGGAUGAAAUCUUGAAAGCAUUGGGAACGACAUUUCACUCGAAUUCGUGGCAUGUUAGACUGGCUGUCAUCAAGUUUGUUCAAGCAGCUGUCUACUCGAAUAUUUUCCCGAUGAGCCAACAAUCAAGACGAGAUGAUAUUGAAAAACUUCUGUUCCGUGCAGUUUAUGAUCGCGAGAUCUCGGUUCGAAAGGAGGCUGCGAAAUGUCUUCUACUAUUUAUUCAUUGCUCAUAUAUUCAAUUUUCGGAUCAAAAAAUUGAUAAACUCGCGAAUAUUCUUCAAUCAGAAACGGAACUAGAAGCACGUGCUCAUGGUGCAUCAUUAGCUCUUGGAGCAUUUGUACUGGCCUUCCCAUUUUUCCUGCCAACUAACAUCAUAAAGCCAUUGAGUCUUCUGAGCUCGUCGAGUUCAAAUCAAGCAGUUGUGAAAAAAACGAUGACGGAAACAGUGCGAGAGUUCCGCCGUCAACACCGUGAUGAUUGGGAGGAAACAAAAAAAAUAUUGGGAGACGCACUGACGUUUGACAUUGAAAACACAACUGCCCCGGCGUAUUAUGCAUGAGAAUAGAAAUGAUGUAACGACCGUAUGAUCUCGAUUUUAUUGAAAAAAUGAAUUAUUUUUGAGAAA